AUGCCUCCCCGCCCGCGCCCGCGCCGUUUCCGCGGCCAGCAGGGGUUCCGGAAGAGGAGCGGGCGCAAGUGCCGCACCGGCCGGCGGGCAUGGGGGCGGAACGGCGGCGGCAGACGGCAGCGGCGGCGGCGGACGGGCGGGAAGGAGCGAGACAGCGGGAGGAACAACCUGGUGGCGAGCACGGGGCAGAAUUCGGAGAUGGGCAGCGGGUGGUGGCAGAGGUCGACGUCGCACCCCGUGUGCCCGCCGGCGCCCCUGCACGAGCCGCAGUAUUUGAAGGACACCGCAGGGAGCUGGAGAUACGACCGGCCGGCCCCCUCCGUGAACGGAGGCGUCGGGUCGGCCUGCAGAGACGAAGACUCCUGCGGGGCGUCCGGCCUGAGCUACAACUUCGGCGGCCGAUCCCUGGGGCCAAAGCCGGCCCCUGCCUGGCGGCACCCCGGCCGCUGUGGCGUACCAAACGCAGCCCCCGGCGGAAAACCCGACAGCCUGAACCGCCUGUUUGGCCCCCACCCUUGCCCGUUCGAUCUGCUCGUAGAAAGCGCCCGCUGCGGCGGCGGGUUGCCCGACGGCAUACCUCCCAUUGCCAUGGAAAUCAUCAACAACCUGCAGCUGGAAAACCAAGACCUGCACCUGCGCGUGAGGCAGCUCGAGGCCCACGUGGGCCGGCCAGCCGACCGCGACACGUGCUCGCAGAUGGACGAGCACCUGCCCGACGCCCUGCGGGACGAAUCGUCGCAAAUCGGGGUGGCCAGCCAAUGCUAG